AAACUGGAAGUCUGCCCGGCUGCAAAGAUGCCGAACGUCUUUUGCCAGAAGGGCAAAGAAGAACUCGGAAGUGACGUCGCGGCCAAAACAAGCCCAGGCUUUUGAGGCCUGUAGUGAAAUCUGUGGCCGCAGAUGGAAAGGCCAGACUCACUCUCUUCUGCGGGAGGUGGUCGCGAGGCCCUGCGCUCCCACCCAGUCGGACCCCCGCCCCUGUCCCUGGGACUCUCCCGCCGCGGAUGAGCGAGUGUUUCCGCUUCCCAGUCAGUAUCGGAGCCGUGCUGGGACUUCUCGGGCAGCUGGUCGGUGGCGACAGCUCGGACUUGCCCUACGACAGUCUUCCCUCUGGCCGGCUUCUGUCCUGGAACGCCCGGACACCUGUCGUCUAAUUUCUGACAGAAGCAAUAAAUCCUAACAUGAGUACAUGAAAGAAGAGGAAAGGUUACUAAAAUAUGUUGGAACCUAGUGAUGGAGGUGAGAAAGAUUUAAAAAAAAUACUCAAAUUCCAAGAAUACACUGGAUAUAAAACCAAGAGGAAAUCAUGAAGUAAUGUUUUAAUUAUUGAAACUACGGUUGAAUCAUGGCUACGUCAACAAAUCUGGAUAUUGGAGCCCAGCUGAUCGUAGAAGAGUGUCCCAGCAGUUACAGUCUAAGUGGCAUGACAGACAUUAAAACAGAACAUCCGCUGGACUCAAACUCAGAAGAAGGAUCAGCUCAGGGUGUUGCCAUGGGAAUGAAAUUCAUAUUGCCUAACCGAUUUGAUAUGAACGUGUGUUCUCGAUUUGUGAAGUCCUUAAAUGAAGAGGAUAGUAAAAAUAUUCAAGAUCAGGUUAACUCUGACCUGGAGGUGGCAUCUGUCCUAUUUAAAGCUGAAUGCAACAUCCAUACAUCUCCUUCUCCGGGAAUUCAAGUAAGGCAUGUCUACACUCCCUCUACAACAAAGCAUUUCUCACCCAUAAAACAGUCAACUACUUUAACCAACAAACAUAGAGGAAAUGAGGUCUCUACCACACCUCUAUUAGCAAAUUCCUUGUCUGUUCACCAGUUGGCUGCUCAGGGGGAGAUGCUCUACCUGGCUGCUCGUAUUGAACAAGAAAAUGUUAUCAAUCACACGGAUGAAGAAGGAUUUACUCCUCUGAUGUGGGCUGCAGCACACGGGCAAAUAGCUGUGGUAGAAUUUCUACUUCAGAAUGGUGCUGAUCCUCAGCUUUUAGGAAAAGGUCGAGAGAGUGCACUGUCAUUGGCCUGUAGUAAAGGCUACACAGAUAUUGUGAAAAUGCUGCUUGAUUGUGGAGUUGAUAUAAAUGAAUAUGAUUGGAAUGGAGGGACACCUUUGCUUUAUGCUGUGCAUGGAAAUCAUGUGAAAUGUGUAAAAAUGCUCUUGGAAAAUGGAGCUGACCCAACAGUUGAAACUGACUCCGGAUAUAAUUCUAUGGAUUUAGCCGUAGCCCUGGGCUAUAGAAGUGUUCAACAGGUUAUUGAGUCACAUUUAUUGAAGCUGCUUCAAAAUAUCAAGGAAUAGACAUAAUUGUCAGAAAAUGUUGUCUGUCCUUUUCCUUACUUCUGGCCCUAAUAAAUUAUAGUUUUGUUUACUUAUAAAUUUUUACCUCAGUUGCAAUAUUUACUGAUUUUUAGUAAGUUUUAAUAAAUAUUCCUCUGAGUAAUUCACUGGUUUUUAAUAAAAUUAAUGUUGAUGCUUUUUUUAUAAUAUAUUUUACUGCAUAUUUUACAUUAUAAAUUAAUGUUUUGUGGCAUGUAAAUUUUUAUGGUACAGAUAGCUAUCAGUCUUUAUAUCGAGUGCUAUAAUUUGAUAUUUUCAGAAAUUAUUCCACCCUAUUCAUCUUCACUCUUGUAUUAACUCAUUGACUUUAUAUAGGGUUUGCUAUAAAUCCAUAGAAAACAAAUGUUAUUGUUGAAAUAAAAAAUGCACAGUGUGAUUCUUUAUAAAAUGAUGUUAUAAAUAAAGCACUUUUUUCUGUGAGUUUGCAUGCUGGCUUUUUAAAAAUUAUAUAAGAUCAUGGG